AUGGCGGGUCUUACAGGCCUUACAUUGUUGUUGUGCAGCCUCACCAGUACGCUUGCACAAAAUGUGACUUCCCAGGGCACUCCCAAUUCAGGCUAUCCCAAUGGCCUACCGAAAGUUGACCUUGGCUACGAGGUCCAUCAAGCCAUCAGUUUCAAUGUACGUGAAUAUGCAAAGUUGAGCCUUGUGUACCAGUCACUGACCGCAUACAAGGCAACCGGGCAAACGUAUAAUUUCACGAACAUCAGAUAUGCACAACCACCAGUCGGGGAUCUUCGCUUUGCUCCUCCUGUCCCACCAGUUGGAAGAGAUCCGGUGGUUCAGACUGGUAGUGUGGGCAGGAUCUGUCCUCAGUCGAUUCCCGAUUGGUAUUCUCUUGGUGCUGCGGUCCAGACCGCUAUUCUAACAGGAACCUUGGAUCAAUACAACUACACGGCCCUCAACGAUGCUCUUCAGGAGUAUCUCAGGACUCACCCACACUAUAAUCAAACCGACGGGCGAGCCACAGAAGAUUGUCUGUUUUUGGAUGUGAUUGUCCCGAAAAAGGUGUUUGACAAAGCAACCAAACCGAGGCCUGCCAGUGGACCUGGAGUCGGAGCGCCGAAUGGUGGAGGAGCUCCGGUCGUCAUAUGGUUCUAUGGCGGCGGAUACACGCUUGGUUCCAAAGACCUAUGGGGUAACCCCAGCGGCCUGAUCAAAGCCAGCCAGUCUGGAGGUGAGGACGGGAUCAUCUGGGUGCAAUUCAAUUACCGACUUGGUGCUCUCGGGUGGCUCGCGGGCCCGACCUUCCAGAGCUCUGGAGGAACUGCUAAUGCAGGGCUUUACGACCAAAGACUAGCAAUAGAGUGGGUUUCGAAAAACAUCCACCUCUUUGGUGGAGAUCCGAAAAAGAUCACCCUUCUUGGAGAAUCUGCUGGAGGUGGCUCGAUUCUGCAUCAGAUCACCGCUUUCGGAGGACAGAAGCCAGUUUUAUUCCAGCGAGCCGUCCCCCAGUCCCCCGGGUUCGACCCCGUUGCAACGAAUUUUGCAGCCGAAAAUAUUACGCAAAUGUUUUAUAAAACUCUGGGUGUCAACAGUCUUGCAGAAGCGCGCCAGAAGUCCUCCGCAGAAGUGAUCCUGGCGAACACGAUCCAAGUGGGAUUUUCUUUCCCAUUUGGAACCUUUACCUACGGACCUAUGGUCGAUGGUGUUAUCGUUCCAGCGCUACCAGGGAACUUACUCAGUUCGGGCCGAUUUGCGCAGAACGUUUCCGUCAUGGUUGGGCACAACAGCUUUGAAUCUGCUAGUUUUACCCCCCCGUACCUAAGAACCGAAGACGAUUUCGCAACCUGGCUAUCCCAAAUGUUUCCGGGAAUCACCAAGGCCACCACCGACUAUAUCCUCAACGUACUCUACCCUCCUGUAUACACAGGCGGCCAGCCGUACACGUCCCCACUGGAGCGAGCCUUCUUGAUGGUUCAAGAGGUCAUCUUCAUCUGCAACACCUUCUACAUCGACAAAGCCUUCAACAACGCUACAUACGCGUACGAAUUCGAGAUCCCACCGGGAUUCCACGGCCAAGAUAUUGCAUACACUUUCUACAACGGUCAAGGUACCAAUGUCUCCGCGGGUAUGUUUGCCGAUGUUGCGCUGCAGCUUCAAGGCUAUCUGAUGAACUUUGCCAUGUACGGAAGCCCCAAUGGUCGGGGUUUGCCGAACUUUCCGCAGUACGGUCCGAACGCCAUUGUCCAAGGCAUCAAUUGGAACGCUACCACACAGCACCAAGACGACGCCGCUAAUCAAAGGUGCAACUGGUGGCAGAAGGGACUGUAUGCCUGA